ACCUUCACAAACUCCUUCGGCGCAGCCAUGACCAGACGGGUCCCCAACCUUACCCUCCUCUUACUGCUCACCCUAGUUAAGAUAAGUGGAGGGUUCCCAAAUGGUGCACCUUACUCCAUGUGUGGGUACUAUAAGCCAUCCCACGCCACCCCAGAGCCGCACCCGCACAAUACCUCACCCUACCGUCUCAUCGUGUCGGCCCAGUACUUUGACUUCAGGGAGCCGGAACAUGAUUACGUAGUAGUCAAUAUUACCAGCAGGGAGGGAGGUCCACCCUUCAAAGGCUUUGUAGUGGCUUCUUAUGAUGGUUCUGGCAAGCCAUAUGGCUCUUGGGACCCCUCACCCCUAGCCCACCAGGUGCCAAGAUGCAAAAAGCCUGCCAUCACUCACAACGAUGCCAUGCCUAAAUACCUGACAACAUUAGUUUGGCGCCCACCCAAAGAUGAACAGCAGGAGUGGGGUUGGUUACAGUUCAGAGCAACAGUGGUGAAAGACCUGCACAACUUCUGGUCUGAGUUGCCCCAUGAGGUACUGAUGUAACUAGUUUUCAUCUCCUGACACCUAGUAAUAUUUUAUAGGGUCCCUUCUGACUUUCUGCCGACAUCCAUGAAUAGCUAAUGCUAAGAAAAAUACCAUAAUUUUUUUUUCUUAUCCAUACCGAAGCACAA